UUUUGGCUUUGGAAUAUUUAAUUGCGAUAAGAUAUGGUAAUUGGCGUAAGGUUUAUUCCAUCGUAAUUUCUCUGGUCAUAGCGUCUCAAGAACAGAACAGGUGCUUUCUUUGAAGAUUUGGAGUUUAGAAUCAAAGAUUAAGAUGGAUGAGGAAGAAGUAGAGGUUUGGGAUCGAGCAUCAAGAGGAUGUAGUCACACUCACAGCUGCAACCCUCCAGGCCCAGAAGAUGCUUCUCACUCACACACAUGCUUCCACGCUCACACUCAUCUCAUCAUCCCUGAUUCGGGAGAGAAUGAUCAUUGUGACGGUAGCAACAAGAAACGGUCAUGUGGGAACAGAGAGGCAGUGAGGAAGUAUAGGGAGAAGAAGAAGGCUCGCACUGCGUACCUUGAAGACGAAGUGAAGAGACUGCAAUCUCUGAAUGAGCAAUUGAUUAGAAAGCUUCAGAGCCAAGAAAUGGUGGAAACCGAAAUCAUCAGACUCCGGACUCUUCUGGUAGAGAUGCAAGGCAUGAUUGAUGGUGAGCUUGGUGGUUUCUCGUUUCAGAAGCAAUGCAACGGCUCUGGUUUUGUGUUCAAAGAAGAUGAAUGCGACGUAGCAACAAGGAACGUGAUGUGUGAAGCGGCAAUAGUGGAGUGCAAUGAGGGCCAACCACUUGAUGCUAUGCACUCCUUUGUUCCGAGUUCACCACCAUUCUCACGUUAAGCCUCUACAGGUUGUGGUGUUCUUUGUAUAUAUACAUAUAUACCGGUUUAAAUAGGGCAUAGAGGUUGGAUACAUCAUAUACAAAGAUUGUAGUCUAUUUCACAUAUGUCUAAACUAGAGGUACCAAAACAUAUUUGAUUAGAUUCUGAUUUUGAAAUGAGGAGGACAAGGAGGAUUGUAGUUGUAUGUAACUAUGUAUGAUGAUGAUGAUUGUGGGCUUGGAAGAUCUUUGGGGGUCCAUUUAUAGAUUCUAUAUAUGUGGGUAUGGUGAAAACCCAAACCAAUAAGGAUAAGGUAUGCAUGCAGACAUGAGUGUAUGUAUCAUAUUUUCUGAGGGCAUAUGAAAAUCCAUUGGUGUGGACUUCCCCAAUCAUUGAAUUUGC